CACCCGGUCGCCACGUCACGAGUCGCGCGCACCCGCGUCGCGGACGCCAUGCCUCCGGUUCCCCCGGCGCCUCCAACGGCCUCAACCCCUGGAGGAGCAGGAGCUCUCUCGACCUUGCGUUCCACCCCGACGCAGCGUUGCUAUUCCCAGCAGCACCGGGUGGCAGUGAACGCCGAAGGUCGUUUCCUUGCCCACUGGGAUGAGUUUGUGGAGCACCGGAAAGAGGUGCAGGCCAAGCUGGAAGAAGCCUUUGAGAUGGCCAGUGAACGACGUGAAGCUGGGCUUCGACUGGCAAUUCUAUGUCAACAGUUGGAGACCAAGGUGGAAAGGCUCGCGCGACAGAGCAAGGAUCAACUCUCAAAUGGAGAAAUCCUCGAGGAUCGGCUAAGCUCCCAAGCAAAGAGCGUGGAAGCAUGCAAGGAGGCCAUCGAAGUCCUUCGAGAUAAGAUCCAGCGACAGGUCCAGGACUUGAAUGCUUCGUUGGUGAGUGUCAAGACAGAGCUUUCAGAGGAGGUCGAAAAGCAGCAUCAAUCCUUGCAGGAGGCCAUGCGCCGUGGCGACCGAUGUCUUGCAGAGGAGUUCUUUCGGAAGUUGCAGGAAACCAGCGAGAAGCUCUCCGGCAACAUGCAGGUGCUCGAGGAUGCCUUAGCAAGCUUCGUGCAACAGACACGCGUGCAAUUGGCAGAUCUGACAGAGCAGCAACAGGUCAGCAAAGACGUCUCCUUGAAGCUUGCGGCGGAGUGCAGCAAGAUGGAGGCUCAGAUCACCUCGUUGCAGGAGGAUGUUGGAGCUCAAACUCUGCGAAUUGACGCAGCUGAAGCCGGCAGUCUUGAACAGGUCCGGCAACUGCAAGCCUUGGAGUUCAAGUUCACUAAGUUGCAGGACACCUUUGCCCGCUUUGAUGGAAGAGCUGCUGCAGCAGAGGAAGCUGCAAAGCAACGGGCUGCUCAAGUGCUGGAGCAGAUUCGGGAGGCCAAAGACCAGAGCGCUGCCGCACUGCUUCGAGCACGCUCCGAGCUCAUGGACUCCAUCGCCGAGGCAAGCAGCGCCAUGAAGAAUGAAAGCAAGGAGGCCCUUCGUGCAGCUGAAAGCACUAUGGCAUCCGAUCUGCAGGCUCUGAGAGAGGAGCACCGAAAGAGCUUCACCAGCAACGUGGAACGACAACAACUCCUGGUCGACGAGCUCCGCGUGGAGAUCACCGAGGCGGUGGAGCAGUCCCGGAGCAACGGCCGAGACCUGCUGGCCUUGAUCGAGGAGCUGCAGGGUCAGUUCCUGGAGUUGCGAACGGAGAGCCGUCGUUCUUGGGAGGAGAUGGCGGCCCGGGUUCGUGCAGAGAAUCAGGCCAAUGUGGAGGACUUCAAAGCGCAGCUUCGGACUCUGCGGCUGGAAUUGGGGGAGGCGCGGAAAGCCAGCAAGGUCUCCGCAGAAGAGCUGCGGAGCUUGUUGGAUGAGAGCUCUGCCAGUUGGCGGCGGUCGUUGGUGGACGCCUCUGCUCUGACGGCGAAGGCUCAGACCGCCGCUGACGAGGCCAAUGCCGAGUGCGCUCGCUUGCACUCCUUGGUGGAGGCCUCGUGCGAAGAGAAAGUCGUGGCCGCGUCGGCCGCGUGGCGCCAAGCGCUCCAAGAGCAGCGCCUGGAGGUCAUGAAGCAGUUGGAUCCGAUCAAGGAGAAACUCUCUGAGGUGGCAGCUACCAUGCACACCAGCCGGCGAACUGAGGCGGAGCUGGGCAGCCACUUCGAGCGCCUCCUGGUGACCACGGAGGAGCUUUGCGCCGGGCAGGAAGCCCUUUCAGCCCAAGGUGCGGACACCGCACAAAGUCUGAAUGACUUGCGGACCGAGAUACGAAAUGUGGGAAGUUCCCAAGAGCUCAACGUGAAGCCUUUAGCAUCUCCUCGGAUUCUGAGAAGGAAUCAUGAGUCUGGACGUUUGGAGCUGUUUGACAGCGUGCGAGGUAGCUUCGGAGCUGAGACCUUGCUCAGGUCUCCAGAUGAGCCGACGUCACAUGAUGCAGCGAAGCUCGUGAAUACAUCGAGGUCAUUGCAAUCUUCUCCCGAAAAGUCGCAUGUGCAGUCAGCAGAUGUUGGCGCUUUCAGCCGCCUGGGCGAGCUGCGGCGCCGCCUCGCGGCGCCGGUCACGCGUGCUCAGCCAAGCUUGACGGAACCGACCACAGGUGGACCGCGUGUUGGGUCAACACUUGAUGCCACUGGGCGUUGAUACCUCAGGGGUGUUGUUCCACAUCCUUUCUCCAACUCAGUACCCAGUCGGUGGACAACCUUCAACCAUUUGGGGGUGAGACGGGGAAAGCCCCCCCCCUUCAGAGCGAAUGGGCGGAGAGAGGUCCAAACAGGUCCUGUAUGUUCGGAAACGGAGGGGUCCAGAACUGGGGAAACUUCAUGAAUUUGGCAUUCCAUUGAGGCGCACACCAGAUGAAUCCAGAUGAUUCGAAACACAUCAUCGAGUAGAUAGCAUCGACUGCAUCACAGUCGAGGUCAUCUCGCACGAAGAGCAUUUGCCGUUUGCCCGGACGAAGAAAUCAACUCCGGUGUAUCAUACCUGUGCC